UCUUUAAAUCAUUACCGCAAAAUUCUCUCUUCCGACAACACUACAUGACGAGCAACGACGGAUCAGUGCCUAACGGCGUUAUAGUGGAGCAGACGUCGUCAGCUGUUAACAAAGGAACUCUUAACGCCGUGAAGAAGCCACCGCCUAAGGAUCGACAUAGCAAAGUCGACGGGAGAGGGAGACGGAUUCGUAUGCCAAUAAUAUGCGCAGCUCGAGUCUUCCAGUUGACUAGAGAGUUAGGUCACAAAUCAGACGGUCAGACCAUAGAGUGGCUCCUCCGUCAAGCCGAGCCUUCUAUCAUAGCCGCCACGGGAACAGGCACGACUCCGGCGAGUUUCUCCACCUCUUCUCUCUCCACUUCCUCCUCCUUCACACUCGGGAAACGAGGCGUGAGAGAGGGGGAGGGAGAAGUCGGCGCUGGAUUAGGAGGAGGAGGAGGGUUGACAGUUGGACAUACAAUGGGGGCUUCGUUAGUGAGUGGUGGUGGGUUUUGGGCGGUUCCAGCGAGACCUGAUUUCGGACAAGUAUGGAGUUUUGCCGGAGCUCCGUCUGAGAUGUUGUUUGCACAGCAGCAGCAACCAGCCACUUUAUUCGUCCGACACCAGCAACAACAACAACAACAACAACAAGCUUCAGCUGCUACUGCAAUGGGAGAGGCUUCAGCAGCUAGAGUUGGGAACUACCUUCCGGGUCAUCAUCUUAAUUUGCUAGCUUCUUUGUCGGGUGGGAAUACCGGGUCGGGUCGGAGGGAAGGGAAUGACUCACGUUGAAAUAAGGGUUUCAGGGUUUAAGAAUAUUUGGUGUCAAAAUUUGUCAAGGAGAGUAAUAUAGAAGGAGGCAAUGAGGUCGACCGAUUGAUUUGUUGUUACUAAAAAACGCCAUAAAUGGACAGCAAAAAGCUCUUUGUACGUCUGUACAUGAUUUCUUUUUUUAUGUUUCUCGUCAGUGAAGUUGAGCCCACAGGAACUAUUGAAUAUUGAUCUCUCUUACCACCGGUAAAAGGAUUGUAAUUCUGAAUGUUUCUGGUGACUUGUAUGAAUGGGAGAAUUGAAGGUAAAAAGAAAAACAAAAAGGUGUAUAUGUCAAGCUCUUGUGUAUUCCUUGACUAUUUGAAUAUUUUUUAUUAUUUGAUGUAUGGUAGUAAAUUUGUGCUUGCUCU